UCAAAUGAAGACAUGGAGGUGGAUAAAAUGAGUUUCUCUCUGCAAGCUACUUACUUGGUCAGAAAGUAGGCCUACAUUGAGCGACGCGGAAAAUAUUUGCCGGAGGGAUUGAGGAAGAAGGACAUCGGACUGGGCGUGCCGCUGCAAGUCUCGAGCUGAGAUUGCAUCUCCACCCGCUCGCUCACCUAGAGGUGAUCCACAGAAGCCAUCCGGGCGAAUUGUCGAGUAAAUCAUUCACCGUCGUUUGUCAUUCACCCAAUAACCUAAUUGAGACGUAUAUCAAGCGACAGCUCUGUAAUUCCUUGAUAAAGGAUAUUCCUUCACAUGAUAGGCUAUUGUUUUAUUUUCAAUAGAUGGAUAAAAAAUGUUGGGUUUGUAGGAGGUUGUAGGAACCCAGCUAUGGAUUUUGGAGCAACGCUGGACACGCCUGCACCUUGUAUUUUGGACAAAGUUAAAGGUUACUGCAUAAUCUUUCUCCAAAAUGCACGAGUGAUUGUUUUUGGAUAAACGUACGGUCUGUUUCAAUUCACUGGAGUGUGUUUCUAACAAUUGUAUGAUUUCUUGGAUAUUUUGGGGAACGGAAAACAUCAGGUUUCAAAAUAACGUCGUGCCAGGGACCAAUGGAUAAAUGUGAUCAGCAUGUUAGUCAAUGACAUUGUGCAUUGCAACAAAGGUGGGAAGAGGCAUUGCUACCCAGCACAGAUGAAACCGAAGAGAUUGACUAAAACCACCUUAUAGUAGUAGCCUUCCAGUAUUUCAAUUAUAGAUUUGUUAUUCCUGUGUGUUUUCCAGUAAGUGUUUGCUAUACCUGUGACCGUUGGCGGUACCUGAAGCUUGUCUCCUGUCUGGGUGUGCGUCUUUUCGAGCUCAGACAUUUCCCUGCGCUGCCCGACUGGCGCUGCUAUAGAGCAACCCUCCGCCGCCUCAGUUUCACCCUGGGCAAGAGCGGUUCCCUCUGUGUGAGGACAGAAGCGCAAAGUUGGACGCUGAUCUCCAGGCACCGUGCGUAACGACAGCGGGAUCUUUCGACUUUGAGGGACCGGAGAGAGGGCUCAAACCAAAAAGGCAGAUUGGCAGGUGGCCCGAGCUGAGCCAAUGACAGGCGGCCAGGAGUCUUAACGGCGGGCAGACUUGAGUCCAGCCAACGUAGGCUGUCCACAUAGAGUGGAGGCUACCCACACACACUCACACACGGAUGAGAGCCCUGGCCGCCGGCUCGUGGACAACGCCAAGUGGCGGCUUCGCCUCCGCGUCUUUAAGGAGCCUAGCCAUGGAGCGCCUGCUCCUGUGCCUGGCCCUCCUCGCUGCGCCCGUCGUCACCAUGCUGUGCCCCAAGCGCUGCACCUGCCAGAACCUCAUGCCCUCCUAUACUGUUCUCUGCGCCAAGACAGGCCUGCUCUUCGUGCCGCCAAACAUUGACCGGCAGACUGCCGAGCUGCGCCUCAUGGACAACUUCAUCACCACCCUUCGUCACCGUGACUUUGCCAACAUGAGCAGCCUCAUCCACCUGACGCUGUCGCGCAAUACCAUUAGCCAGAUCAAGCCGUAUGCCUUCGCCGACCUGCAGGACCUGCACGCCCUGCACCUGGACGCCAACCGUCUCACCAUGCUGGACGACACCCACUUCCAGGGCCUGGUCAACCUCAGGCACAUGAUCCUGGCCAACAACCAGCUGCACAGCAUCUCAGAGGGGGCCUUCCAGGACUUCCUGGAGACCCUAGAAGACCUGGACCUGUCCUACAACAACCUGGUGAACAUUCCCUGGGAGACCAUUGGCCUGCUGGCCAGUGUCAACACCCUCAGUCUGGACCACAACCUCAUAGAGAUGGUCCCCGAGGGCAUCUUCUCCAACCUGCACAAGCUGGCGCGUCUAGACAUGACCUCCAACAAGCUGAAGAAAAUCCCUCCAGAUCCCCUGUUCCUGAGGAUCCCAGUGUACGCUAAGCUGAAAGGUUCUCCACUCACAUCCCUGGUGCUGAGCUUCGGUGGGAACCCGCUGCACUGUAACUGUGAGCUAGUGUGGCUGAGGAGGCUGACCAGGGAAGACGACCUGGAGACCUGCGCCUCCCCCCGAGAGCUCGCCGGCAAGUAUUUCUGGACCAUCCGUGAGGAGGAGUUUGUGUGCGAGCCACCCAUGAUCACGCGGCACACCUCCAAGAUGUUUGUGAUGGAGGGUCAGGAGGUGAGCCUGCGCUGUAAGUCAGUGGGCGACCCAGAACCUUCCACGCAUUGGGUCAGCCCCGAGGGGAAGCUGAUUGGGAACACGUCCCGCACCCUCUGCUAUGAGAACGGCUCGUUGGACAUCCUCACCACCACUGUGAAGGACUCUGGGAAGUUCACAUGCAUCGCAUCCAACGCCGCCGGUGAGGCCACGGCGCCCGUGGAGCUGGUGGUUAACCCCUCGCCACACUUUGACCCCAAGCUGGAGCCCGAACCUGGCCCCUCUGACAUCCCCACAUCCAUCAAGUCCAACGCCAGCGGGGGCCACGCCCGCACUGACCAUCAGAGAGUCAGUGUGUCAGAGCUGAGCUCGACCUCGGUCACCAUCCGAUGGCCCCCUCAGGACCACAUUCCGGGGGUCCGUAUGUACCAGAUCCAGUACAACAGCUCCUCCGAUGACAUCCUCAUAUACAGGAUGAUCCCUGCGUCUCAUAAGUUCUUCCUACUCAGUGACUUGGCCACUCAACGGGAUUAUGACCUGUGUGUGCUGGCGGUGUACGACGAUGGCGUCACGGCCCUAACCGGCACCCGCCUGGUGGGCUGCGUGGCUUUCACCACAGAGCGCGAGUAUCGUCAGUGCCGCUCCCUCCACGACCAAUUCCUGGGCGGAACCAUGAUCAUCGUGAUCGGCGGUAUCAUAGUGGCGUCCGUGCUUGUCUUCAUCUUCAUCCUCCUCAUGAAAUACAAGCUGCACAGCAACCAUUACAAGCAGAAGGCGGCACAUGUCAGCAACGUGUGCUCUCAGACCAACGGAGGCCAGGCGGCGGGCGGGGGAGGCCCUCCCAUCCCCCCUUCCUCCUCAGGCUCGGCUAAUAAGCCCAUGCCUCCUGGCCCAGUGGACAGGGUAGGGCACGAGGGACCCCAUCAGGCCUCGGAAGGGGGCUUCGGAGGGCCCUUGAAAGGGACCACCGUAGUGGACUUGAACCCAGACUACGGGAAGUCAGUGAAGGACCAGGAUGCUAUAUCACAAUAACACAGGAUCUGGGACUUCCCCACCCCACCCCCUUUUUAUUUCCUGGUGCUGGGGUCCCUCUGCCUUACCAAGGAUUAUCUCGUGUCCAAGAUUCGCACAUCACCCAUGCUCGUCUUCUGAGGUGGAGGGAGGGAGAAUGGAAAGGUAAAGUACCCCUGGUUCAAGGAAGUUGGAAAAACAAACUCACAAAAGAAUACAUAUGAAGCCAAGAACAGCAUUAGGAGUAGAGAUGGGUGGAUGCCAUGGAAUCGCUGUGUUCCGUCACUUAUGCAAUUCUACCUGGAACUGGGAUGUAAUCCAGCCCUGUGGAGUGGAGGGAAAUUUAUUCCAAAACCUGGGGCUUCUUUCACUGUGUGAGGAAUGAGUUGACAACCCAGACGCCUCAAAUUCCUUUCGGAAUACUUUUUUGGGAUUCUCAUUGGAAUUGCCUAUUACAGAGGAACACCCUUGGAUGGUUUUGAUGAAAUGUUGUGGGUUUCGUAAUAAAGCUCCACUCUCCCUUAACGAUCGGUCACAUGCCAAAGGAAUACAAUAAGAGAUGGCGAUACAGUGUUUUGUCCCCCCCCCCCCCCCCCCCCCCGAGGGCCUUGGAAGUGUUAGCACCCAUCGAUGUCACGUCGAUGCACCAAUAUCAAACGGUUGUUCGGUGAUCUCUAGGGCACUUUAUAAUCUUUAUAAUCCUCUCUCUCUCUCUCCCUCUCUCUCUCUCACUCUCUCCCUCCGUCUAUAUGGACAAGUGAAUAGUAUACUCAACAAUUAUGAGAUAAAAUGCAUCCAUUUUGGAUGACGGUGGAAAAAAUAUAAUUAUUUGGCCAAAAACAUGGGCUCUCAAGAUGAGGACAAAACAAAAACCUGGUUUGGUUUGAUUACAUGAACCUACAGCACAAGCAAUGCCUUGUGGUUUGAUGGUGAAAUGGUGAGUUAAGUUUCAUUCUGACACAAACUUUACAGAGAAGAAACUGACCUUAUUGUAUACCACUUGCCAAUUGAAAAGAUGGAACACGGAUCAAAUAGUCUUUUUCCCCUUACUGUUGACUGUGUAUGUAUUUGUAUGUGAGAUACACCUUCAAUCUUCUCUGAUUUGAUACCCAUAUUUCCUUUGAAUUAUGAAGCAACAAUAAGAAAAAAACGUGAGAUGGAAUUUUAUGCUUUCAUAGGUCAAAUAUGUGGAUUUAUAAAGAAAUAAAAUUAUUUUUCUUGAA